UAGCUGGAGAAACAUAUAAGAAGGGAAUCUAAGAUGGAAGAAAGGGUGGAGGAUUCGAGUCGAAAUGCCAAGUUGAAGACUGAAGGAAAGCACUAGGGUAAAGCAGCCUCCAGACUGGAAAGGCAAAGAGCAAAACGAGUAUUGCCACCAAAGAACCAGAAAGACCAAUAGACUUUGCAGUGGGCCGGUUUAACUGAAAGGCGGUUUCCUUUUCCCCCAUUUGCUCAGUCCCCAUUGGAAGCGCACUGCGCGGCCUGCGCCGCGCUCUCGGCCGGGCUCGGCGUGGGGGCGGGGAGGCAAGUACGCUCCUGGGCGGGGCCGAGCGCGGGCGCGCUCCGGCUUCCCUCCUGCGCGGCGCUCCCGUCAGCGCAGGGGGCGGGGCGGCUAUAUUACGUGCGCGGCGCCGCCCCUGCGAGAGGACGUUGCGUGCUCGCUCGCGCCAGGCGAGUCUCCGCGUCUCCCUCGCGAACUCGGUGAAAGGAAUUGGCGCCGUUCGACACCAGGCGGAUCCGCUCUGCAGCACGAACCCACCUCCAGCCGCAGCCGCAGCCGCCGCCCGGGCCGAGGAGCAGCCGCAGCAGCCGCCACCAGUGGCCGAGCGAGCGGAGCCCAGUUUGAGCCAGCGCCUAGCGGUGAAUUGGGGCCCUCACCAUGAGUUCCUCGCCUGUUAAUGUAAAAAAGCUGAAGGUGUCGGAGCUGAAAGAGGAGCUUAAGAAGCGGCGCCUUUCUGACAAGGGGCUCAAGGCCGAGCUCAUGGAGCGACUCCAGGCCGCGCUGGACGACGAGGAGGCCGGGGGCCGCCCCGCCAUGGAGCCCGGGAACGGCAGCCUAGACCUGGGCGGAGAUUCCGCCGGGCGCUCGGGAGCAGGCCUCGAGCAGGAGGCCGCGACCGGCGGCGACGAGGAAGAGGAGGAGGAGGAAGAGGAGGAGGAAGGGAUCACCGCCCUGGAUGGCGACCAGAUGGAGAUAGGAGAGGAGAACGGGGCCGCGGGGGCGGCCGACUCGGGCCCGAUGGAGGAGGAGGCCGCCUCGGAAGACGAGAACGGCGACGAUCAGGGUUUCCAGGAAGGGGAGGAUGAGCUCGGAGACGAGGAGGAAGGCGCGGGCGACGAGAACGGGCACGGGGAGCAGCAGCCUCAACCGCCGGCGACGCCGCAGCAACAGACCCAACAGCAGCGCGGGGCCGCCAAGGAGGCCGCGGGGAAGAGCAGCGGCCCCACCUCGCUUUUCGCGGUGACGGUGGCGCCGCCCGGGGCGAGGCAGGGCCAGCAGCAGGCGGGAGGUAAGAAGAAGGCGGAAGGCGGCGGAGGCGGCGGUCGCCCCGGGGCUCCGGCGGCGGGAGACGGCAAAACAGAGCAGAAAGGCGGAGAUAAAAAGAGAGGUGUUAAAAGACCUCGAGAAGAUCAUGGCCGUGGAUAUUUUGAGUACAUUGAAGAGAACAAAUAUAGCAGAGCCAAAUCUCCUCAGCCACCUGUUGAAGAAGAAGAUGAACACUUCGAUGACACAGUGGUUUGUCUUGAUACUUAUAAUUGUGAUCUACAUUUUAAAAUAUCAAGAGAUCGCCUCAGUGCUUCUUCCCUUACUAUGGAGAGUUUUGCUUUUCUUUGGGCUGGAGGAAGGGCAUCUUAUGGUGUGUCAAAAGGCAAAGUCUGUUUUGAGAUGAAGGUUACAGAGAAGAUCCCAGUAAGGCAUUUAUAUACAAAAGAUAUUGACAUCCAUGAAGUUCGGAUUGGCUGGUCACUAACCACAAGUGGAAUGUUGCUUGGUGAAGAAGAAUUUUCCUAUGGGUAUUCUUUAAAAGGAAUAAAAACGUGCAACUGUGAGACUGAAGAUUACGGAGAGAAAUUUGAUGAAAAUGAUGUGAUUACGUGUUUUGCUAACUUUGAAAGUGAUGAAGUAGAACUCUCCUAUGCUAAGAAUGGACAAGAUCUUGGUGUUGCCUUCAAAAUCAGUAAGGAAGUUCUUGCUGGACGGCCACUCUUCCCACAUGUUCUCUGCCACAACUGUGCAGUUGAAUUUAAUUUUGGUCAGAAGGAAAAGCCAUAUUUUCCAAUACCUGAAGAAUAUACUUUCAUCCAGAAUGUUCCCUUAGAGGAUCGAGUGAGAGGACCCAAGGGGCCUGAAGAAAAGAAAGAUUGUGAAGUCGUGAUGAUGAUUGGCUUGCCAGGAGCUGGUAAAACUACCUGGGUUACUAAACAUGCAGCAGAAAAUCCAGGGAAAUACAACAUUCUUGGAACAAAUACCAUUAUGGAUAAAAUGAUGGUGGCAGGUUUUAAGAAGCAAAUGGCAGAUACUGGAAAACUGAACACACUGUUGCAGAGAGCCCCACAGUGUCUUGGAAAGUUUAUUGAGAUUGCUGCCCGAAAGAAGAGAAAUUUCAUUCUGGAUCAGACAAAUGUGUCUGCUGCUGCCCAGAGGAGAAAAAUGUGCCUGUUUGCAGGCUUCCAGCGAAAAGCUGUUGUAGUUUGCCCAAAAGAUGAAGACUAUAAGCAAAGAACACAAAAGAAAGCUGAAGUAGAGGGGAAGGACCUACCAGAACAUGCAGUCCUCAAAAUGAAAGGAAACUUUACCCUCCCAGAGGUAGCUGAGUGCUUUGAUGAAAUAACCUAUGUUGAACUUCAGAAGGAGGAAGCCCAAAAACUUUUGGAGCAAUAUAAGGAAGAAAGCAAAAAGGCUCUUCCACCAGAAAAGAAACAAAACACUGGCUCAAAGAAGAGUAAUAAAAAUAAGAGUGGAAAGAACCAGUUUAACAGAGGUGGUGGCCAUAGAGGACGAGGAGGAUUCAAUAUGCGUGGUGGAAAUUUCAGAGGGGGAGCUCCUGGUAAUCGUGGUGGAUAUAAUAGGAGGGGCAAUAUGCCACAGAGAGGUGGUGGCGGUGGUGGAAGUGGUGGAAUCGGCUAUCCGUACCCUCGUGGCCCUGUUUUUCCCAGCCGAGGUGGUUAUUCAAACAGAGGGAAUUACAACAGAGGUGGAAUGCCCAACAGAGGGAACUACAACCAGAACUUCAGAGGACGAGGAAACAAUCGUGGCUACAAAAAUCAAUCUCAGGGCUACAACCAGUGGCAGCAGGGUCAAUUCUGGGGUCAGAAGCCAUGGAGUCAGCAUUAUCACCAAGGAUAUUAUUGAAUACCCAAAUAAAACGAACUGAUACAUAUUUCUCCAAAACCUUCACAAGAAGUCGACUGUUUUCUUUAGUAGGCUAACUUUUUAAACAUUCCACAAGAGGAAGUGCCUGCGGGUUCCUUUUUUAGAAGCUUUGUGGGUUGAUUUUUUUUCUUUUCUUUUUUGUACAUUUUUAAUUGCAGUUUUAAAGUGAAUCGUAAGAGAACCUCAGCAUUGUGCACGAUAAGAGAAUGUGUCAGUAUUUCAGGGUUCUACAUUUUAUCUGUAAAAUGUGACUUUUUUUUUUAUCACAACAAAAGUAAAAUGUUGCUUUGUACCUGGUGUCUUUUAUUAAGAAUUUACUCCCCCCAUUUCUCACAGAGAAUAACAGUCGGGAGUCAUUGUCACAAUAUAAUAGAAAUGUUAGCAACCAGAUUCAUGUAAGGACUAAGUGGUCCUCAUGAAUUGCAUAAGACUCUGUACUGCUCACAUUACACUCCAUCCUCUCUGUAGUUUGCCGGGUAGUGGAGGGGGUAAGCUAAAUAGUUUCUGACAAUAACUGGGAAUGCUUUUUCUUGUUAAGUAACAAUGGAAUUGGCAUAAUUGGGGAAUGAACAUUAAAAACUUGGAACUAAGAUAGAGAAGAUGGAGUGUAUGUAGAAGGGCUGUUAAAAAUGUAAAUCUUGGUUGCAUUAUUUGUGGAGGCUCAAACUUGUGAAGGUUAAAUACCAUAAUUUUUCCAUUUGUUCUGCAUUUUGAUUCUGAAAAGAAAGCUGGCUUUGCCCAUUUCUUAUUAAAAAAACUUGUUGUAAAUCCAGUUGUCUAAUGGGAUCUAUAUGAAGUUAGCUAUGUCUGUAUGCCCUUCUCCCACAAAAUACUGUAUAACUAGUGUGCUUGUAGUAGUUAACUCCACCAUCUUUGUAAGCUAAUGAAAUUGUGAGUCACCCAUUUAUAUCUUAAUUUUUAAUCAUGUCAGUUCUUGAAUGGGUAUCUCCUUAGCCUGCUGAUUUCUUUUUCUUUCUAAAGAAAGUGGGUGGAGAAAUUAAUUUAGACGUUUGUUUGCAAUAAAAAGAAUUCAUUUUACUCUUGUUUUGGGAUUCUCGCCAUCAAGGUUCAAAAUCCCUUUAUAUAACUCCCCAAGAGGAGAGAUUUUAAGUGUGUGCUUUCUGGACAGCUUAUUCUUUACUCUGUACUUAGAACAUUUAGGUUUUAAAAACUUAAAUGUAUGCUGACAAAUGAUUUAUACUUAUAAAGAAAAGUUGAAUUCUUCCCUUCCCCUCCCCCCAGACAACUUUUAUCAUUUAAUGAGGGGAAAAGGUGCUGGCUGGGAGAAGUUAACACAGUUUAUCAUCUUUACAAAAUGCUAAUGGCUGUCCUCAACUGAUUAUUUUAUAUACAUAUAUGAGAUACAUGAAACUCUGGGAACAGAUGCUUUUAGAAGCCAUCAUGCAAGCCAGUCAUUGAUUUCACUACUACACAACACUGCUAACUUAACUGUAGCUAUGUGAUAACAUUGGAUCCCCUAAUUGUAAUUUUAUUGGGUUUGCACAGAACACUUUAAUCUUCCCCUCACUACGUGAAGUGAGGAAUCAGGAGUCAAACUGUAGAACUAAAAUUUGACUUCAGUCUAGUGUUUUGUUGGUGUUUUCAGGUUGCUUCUGGUAAGUUUAGGUGUGCUGUAUUUCUGAUUGCCUAGAAUUUUGUUGUAGUCUUUUAAAAUCAGAUUUUUAACUUGAAUUCAUAUUCCUAGGAAAUUUUUUCGGCAAGCUAGAGUUUUAGAUGGUGGUGUAGGUUUAGUUGAGAAAUUUUUAGAACAAAAGCUAAUCCUUGAUUAAUGUAGGAUACUUAACAGUUUCAAGGUAGUGUCUUGAAUUUUUGUCUUUUUAGCAAUUCUAGCAACCAUUGGGCUGAGCUACUUUUCAUUAUACGUUACUGUUAGAUUGCAUAGAUAUACCCAGAGGAAAAAUUUAAAACGUCAUUCUAAUGUUUAGGUGUCCUAAAGUUUUCAUUUGUGCCUUUAAGAAAUUUUAAAUAUACCUUCUAGUUGAGAAUUGCUUUAUUAAGGAAUUGAAUUCAUAAUUACAAUAGGAAAGAAAUGGUCAAAUAACACUAAGUAGACUAUUACAUAGUCCAGAGAAUUUUGGAAGGAGAGAAGGGAUAGGUAAAAAACUCUGUUCAGGAAAAUGUUAAGAUUUAAGCAAUCAAGAUUAGAAUUAAGUGAUGUGGAACAAAUAAUAUUAAAGUAUUGAAAAAUUUCAGAAAAAAUGCACCAAAUAGCAAGCAAAAGGGAGAAAAAUAGGGAAGUUAAGAAAUGCCGGGUUCUGGAAGAAAAAUAUCUGUGAAUGAGAAACUUGAUUUAGAUUUAUUGUUCGCCCAAUUGCAAUGCCAUACAAAUCUGAAUAGACUAUAGACUUAAUGAGGAACAAAUUCUGACUAACCACAGAAAACUCAGAUUGUGGUUAGUUUAAGGGGUGCUCUCCUAGGAAGUUGUGUAGGUAAUGUUAUAUGCUUCGUGAAAAAUUGGAUUGAUUUAGCUACAGUAUGAAAACAGUAUAGAGGUUAAUGAAGAAAGAAAACAAACUUAAAUUGAUGUAAGAUAGAAAUGGUAAAAUCAUUGUGUUGAAAGUUUUCCUCUGGUAGGUUAUAUUAUACUCAGUCUAGCCUUUGAAGGGCUCUGGUUCUAACUUACUAAGAAAUCAAUGACUAGCUUCUUCUGACCUUAAUUUCCAGAUAGCAAGAUGAAAUCAUGCAGUGACAAAAGGAAGCAGUAUUAAAUCUGUAGAAACAAUAAGCUAAUUUGCCUAGGCUAUAUCCCAUGUAAAAAUUAGGAAUAUGAACCUAGAUGUCCUGAGUUCUAUCUAAGUAACAAGGUAUUUACUCAUAAAGGCAAUUUUUUUUUGAAAAACUAUUUAAAAUUUUUCUAGGAAAUAUACCUAAUAUUUUUGAGGGCUUUUCACCCUGGGGAUUUUAUACUUAAGACUGAUAAACCUAUGUUUAACAUUUGCCUCACUUAUGUGGAAAUUGGAUGGCGUGUUUUUCUGUAAACUUGUUCAUAACAUAAAUUGGCUUUUUACCUUAGGACCAUGUCUAUAAUGGGGACCUCUGCAUGAAUAUAAUGACAUAUUUUAAUAGCUUUUAAGGCAGUGGUAUAGACAUGGAUAUAAAGACUUAAUUAUAGAUCUUCUAAGAGUAUAUUUGAUUUUUUUUUUAAAAGCCAAAACUAGAAUAAUUGUAGUUUAGUGAGAAAAGCAUAAUCACCUCUUAGAGCCCACGUAUUUAGUGUCUGUUAUGGGACAUGAUAUGUGGAUAUAUUACAAAAAGUUUCCAUAAAUCUCUUCUAUGCACAAAUGUAUACAAUAUUGUAUCUGAGUCUAAGCUUUGUCAUUUAUUGUUCUGUAACACUGGAGCUCUGAGAUUGAGGUGUUGAGAAUUUGUGAAAAACUGGGUAUAAGUUUUAACAUUUUAAUAGUAGUUAGUAAAAAUAAGAAUAUAUAUGUUAAGGCCUAAGAAUAGGUUGCAAUACCUAUGCACUGGGACUUGAGCAUAAAUUUUAGUAAACAUUAGUGCUUUCAGCAAGAAUCUGAGUUUCCGAACAGUAAUUUGAAUUUAUUAGUCAUACAAACCACAUGUCUGCUUCAAUUGCUAAUUGCCUAACCUUAACCUUAAAAUACUCAGUUAAAUUGCAGUACCCUUUGUAGAAAGCCUUUUUGUUUUUAGCUUUUGAAGGGUUUAUUUUGGCCAUAGCUAUUCCUCACCUACAUUUUGAAAACAUGAAAGUGAUCUAGCUAGUUAAUUUUAGUGCUUGAGUUUUUAGUUUUUCAGGCUGCUCUUGAAUCAUCUAUAAGGUUUCUUAAAAAUCUAUUAGUACUAGAGGUCCAUGUUUAUAAAAUAAGGAUUAAAAGUACUUUGUCCAGCUCACUCAUGUAGCAUUGACUUUUGUCUUACCCUCGCUGGUAACCUUGAUCUUUAGGCCCUUUAGAAUUUGAAAGUGAGUUACAGUACUUACUGAAGUAAUGUGUAUCCCUUGAGUGUGUUGGAAUAUAUUAAAAACCAGGGCUCCCUAAAUACGUAGACAUUCCACAAUUUAAAUUUAUGUGUAUGUUUAUGAAAUAGAACAAUUGAAACAACCUACCUUAAGGUAUAGUUUUCAGUAUGUUUAGCUACAUAUGUAUGCUAGUUUAUUUGGCAUCUCACUUAUGUCAAUCUUGAAUCAUGCAGAACAGCUGGACCUCAGAAAAAGAACUUAUUUUGAGAAAUAGCUAAAAUAGAUCGUAUAUUUACAUUAAGACAUACUUUCAUGUCCUAGCCAAUUGACUAAAGAUACAAGUGAUUAAGCUUAAUUAGUUGUCUCAAGAACUUCAUUUAGUCUAUAAGGAAUAGUAGAUUGGAAAUAGAAGGAUUAAAAUUUAUAAUGUUAAUUGGAAUUAUUCAGAAAAUAUGACACCUUUAUAGUGGAAUUGAUAGUUGUGGUAGGAAAGCAAAUGUUGAAGAUAAGUGACAGGCCAGAACCACUGAUUCACUGCUUGGUUAGGUGAGUAGUUAGGACUAGGAACAUUUUGUUAUCUAAUUUUUUUUUUUUUUUUCCUGCGGCGCCUGUCGGGGCCUGGGUUUCACCGCCGCACACGAGGCAGUGGGCGCUGAGCUGAGGCCCCCACUGGCUCUGGGCGCCGCAUCUCACCCCUGGCCACGGCCAAUGUUAUCUAAUUAUUGCCUAGGAAUGUUGUUUAAUUUCUUUUUUAUGCCAGGAUUCGGCUUAUGUUUGGAUUUUGACAAGGAAUGCGUUUUGCUCUUAAAGCUGAAUCUGGGCGUGAGAAACUACAUACUAUAGUUGAAAGUGAUACGAUGUUAAAUGAUAGUGUAGAAAUGUUUUCUAGAAAAGUUUAGUUCCUUGUUACACUUACAAUCACUGAGCUGUCCAAUGGCAUAGUUACUCAUGAGCAUGUCCAGCCUGAGUGUCCACACUCCCCGAAAUUAAUGCAGGGAUUACAGGCUGGAGAGCUAACAUAGCAUCUAACUGAUAAACACUGAAUUAUUGUUUGUGGCAUGUUCUUCUGCUUUUCCUUUAACCAGUACCAUUCCAUGACCUUCACAGGAAGUAAAAUCAGUUUUUCCAGUAAAAUAUACUUUGCAAACACAGUAUAGCCACAAGUUGGUAUCAGCCAAAAAAUUUUUCAAAAUUUUAAAGCCACCCAGAACUGAUUAGUAUAGACGUGUAAUUUAUAACGGUGACAGAUGCUUUGAAAGUACUAAAGUAUGCAUAGAGAAGAUGAGAUAAAAUUAAUACUUCACAUGAAUGAUUGGGGCUUAUUUGAAUGGCAACAAAAUGAUUCUGAGGUAGUCUGUAUCAGUUGUUUGUAAAGGGAAACCUGGAGAGUCAUGGUCAAGUAUAAGAACACAAGGUUCCAACUGACUUUUUUUUUUUUUUUUU